AUGUCACUGUUGAGAUCUACAUCUCAUGGCAGUAGUUCUUGCAGUUCGGUCAUCAAAGCGCUUCGAUGGCUGUUGAAAUCAGCAGAGGUCGGAUGUUUACAGGUGGUGCAUUCAGUACUUAUUGGAACCUUUCUGAACCAGAAGGUGCCCAGGGACAGGAAACAAGCACCUCCUCUGCCUCUGUGGGCAUUGGUGCAGUGGGAGCGUCGUGUGCUCAUGUCCAACUGCACAGUAUUAGAAAUCAUUCUACUGGGUACAUUUUUAUUGAUGGCAUGGGGAUCCCUUCGUUUUUCCGACGCGCAAAGGUUAGACCUCCAAAAGAUCAUCUAUCACGAUGGUACCAUGCGAGGGGUGAUAUGGCGCUCCAAGACAGCAGUCAGCGGCAUGCCCCUAGCAGUGGCGGCGGAGGGUUUCCUCAGCAAAGGCUCCCACAACUGGUUGUGGAAGUUCUUGACGGUUUUAGAUACGGUAUUGGCCAAAUCAGGCCUCUCCGAUGUUGAUUUUCUUCUUCCACUGAUGGAUGAGGAUGGACCAGUUUAUCCAUUGCAACCGAUGGAUUAUGCUACAGCGUUAUUUUACCUACGGAAAUUUUUGGGUUGCCCCUGGAGUCAACGACCAGACCCCUUGCAGCACUUGAAGUUGAACUUCACGUUGCACUCCCUCAAAGCGACGCUAUUGUCGUGGGGACCACAGCUGCAUGAGAAGGUUACCCCUGAACAGCGUUUGUCUCAGGGACACCAUUCUGAUCCCAAUAGCAGUUUGGACACAUACUCACGUGACGUGGUGUGGACGUCCUUGACGUAUCAGCGCAAGAUGAUACAAGAGGUUCAGGGUGGAUGGCGUCCAGCCAUUGCACAACAUCGGGGGGGAAUGGUCAUCUUCUACUCCUCUGUCGGUAUUCCAAAAGGCUUGCCUCCGCACGGCAUUUCAGCGAUGAAACAAAAAUUCAUGGCCAACUAUCCAUCCGAGUUGAUCCAUGCGGACCUUUUUCCGUCGACCAGAUUAGUGAGCCUAGUUCAUGACCAGCUCUCCAAGAAGGUUUGGAAGUGGGUGCCAUGGAAGUAUCGCCUCUCGCUCACCAGGUCAGAAGAGAUCUCUAGCAAUCGAGCUCAGAAGAUGCCAAAAAUUGACCACUUGGGGCUCCACUCCUUGUUGUUUGAUGAUCCUCCUUCAAUUGACGUGUCCAACAACGCCAUGGGGGUGAACUCAAUUCGCAAUAUGCUUGAGGUUCAUGAUCGGGCCAUCGCCUUGUGCCAAGGAGCUCACCUAGCCAAUCUCAAGGCCUAUACCCACAAAUUCCUCGGGUUUUUGACCGCCAAGUAUGAUGGAGAUUUACGUAACCCCAGUGUUUUAGAGGCUCAACAUGCGGACCAAAAAAUUUGGACAGUCAUUGCCGAGCUCAUGGAACGAGGCAAAGGCCAAGGGAAGUCAAAGGGCAAGCGGAAUUCCGGGAAAUCCAAGGGCAAGGUUCAAUGGCUCACGGAGAUUCAACGGGAUGGUGGCUUCAAGCAACUAUGCAUGCGAUAUCAGGUUGACUCCGUGGAGACCCUCCCAGUGCAUGAUGUGGACCCAGUUCAAGACUUCGCUCCACCUAUUGAUAGUUUUACCCCGGGCCGUUUGCCCCAACCCGAGCAGGCGAAUGCGGAAACAGAUAUCACUGCCACCAUCCAUGCCACAGCGGAACCCUUGGUAGGUUAUGGAGCGGCCAGCCCUUCCUGCUGUGAAUACAGCAGACUCAAACUUCGAGAUGAUGACGGUCCCAAAGCUCUACGAUCACCGGAACACUUGUCCGGUCUGCCUAAUCUUACACCCUGGGAACUGCAACGGGUCCAAGAGAGCUUUAUGAUGCUCUCUCGCUGCGUGGAGGUCCUCACCCUGGUUUUUCAAGCAGGUCUCCGAGACGAUUCUGGUGCUUUUGCCAGUAGGGCGACGGCACAAUACCCACAGAAACUGGCACAGUUAUUUGCAAAUCUUGUGGCCCCAUUACUGGACACAUCAGCGUUGGACCUACAAUGGUCCUCUCUGGAUGCCCUCAUGCCCACCAAGCACCUGUCGGAUUAUCCAUUUGCACAAAUAGAUGGGGGUGGAGCUUUUUCCCACCCGGACUGGAGUCAGGAUAAUCGUCAAGAACAUGACUGGUUCAAGACGCUCCGUACUUCGUGGAUGAACAGGAUCAUCUCUGAGCGAUUGGAUAAGAUCCUACUGGCUCAUGUGGCGUCGGGCAACCCUUCACCACCGUUUUCGAUGGAGAUUCUGACCCCAUUCAAGGAUGAUCUGGAGAAAUUCUUGGAGGCACAGGGACAUCCACCAGAUUGGUCAGUUCGACAACAUCAGCCAAUACAUCUUCAUAUUUUACACUCUUUACAGAAGAUUAUGCACGACGUCGAUUUUACAUUAUUACCCAGUCUAUUAGAAGGUGUCCGAACCGGUUUUUCCACGGCGAUUCCUCCGUCGGGUAUUUUUCCACCUAAAGAACGUGCGGAUAUAGAACCCGAUCCAUUGUCAGCCCACCUCUCCAACUGGCAGAGCGCUGAAGAAGAUCUACCAUUAACACGAGAACUGGUUCAGGAGGAAAUUGACAAGGGUUGGGUUUUUGCGUAUAAAGGUUCUUUGGAAGAAGCGCAACAAGAAUAUCCGGCCGGUGUUGCUAUUGGAAAAUUGGGAGUGGCUCGAUCGGAUAGUCGAGCCCCCCGAUUAGUUGUGGACUCCAGCGUAUGCGGCCUCAAUGGUCGGUGUAUCAUUCCGGAGAGGUCCGCCCUCCCGACUGCCAAGGAGGUGUUACGUAGCUACCCUCUACGUCAGUGUCAGAGGAAUCUGAUGGGCUUCUCUUUAGACGUUAAAGCCGCUCAUAAAAGAAUAGUUCUACAUCCAGACGAAUGCGGACUGGUUGGCUUUUCGCUAGAAGGGCAGCUUUUCUUCUAUAGAGUUACCCCAUUUGGUGCAGUUUUCUCUGCCUUUUGGUGGGCGAGAUUGGGUGGACUCCUUCUCCGUAUAUUUCACCACUUGAUCUGGUUGAGUCACGCUGGAUUUUUAUAUGUGGAUGACUUCUUAUUUUUUAUGGAAGCCAACAUGAUGCCGCUGUCGGCCACAUUGCUGUGUAUUUUCUGCCAACUUUUGGAAAUUCCUAUCAGCUGGAAGAAGACAGCCAUGCACUCUUCCAUUGACUAUAUUGGCUGGAAAUUCAAUUUCAAUGCAGGUAUUGUGACAAUCCCCAUUGAAAAGAUCCUCAAACUCCGAGGGUACAUCGAACAUCUUGUUUCCCAACCACGAACUACUCGUAAGUCUUUGGAAAAACUCAUUGGCCUGGCAAUGUGGAUUACUCAAUUAUUUCCACUCAUGCGGAUCUGGAUCCACUAUUGGUACCACGACCUCUACACCAUCCCGGCGACACAUUUCAGUAUUGAUGCUGGUACAUGGCCUCGCAUUCAUCAAUAUUUAACCCCUACUUUGACUUUUCAUACAGCACAUUUGGGCUCCGCUAUACCUAUUUCAGGUAAGCUCAUCGCAGUUCGACAUCAAGCAGUAUCCUCAUUGGCGGAUCUGACGUCGUUACAUAUCAAAACAGAGAACAGGAUUUGGUUACGAAUUAUCAAUCCGAAUUCCUCCAAACGCAAGCUUCGUCCUGAUUCUCUUUGA